AUGACCUAUUCCGAUAUCUCGCUCUCAGAUCCGGAUUCCGAGCCUGAGGUUCCUCGACCUCUGGACCCGCUCCAUAUCAUGAUUCGGGAGAUGUUGUAUGAGGUGCGGGAAAAUGAAUCCACAAUCUCGGCCCUAGAAACAUGGGUUCAGACUGUGGACCCAGAAGCAUACAGAAAGGAUCCUUGGCCUCAGGACCUUGUAGACGCCCAUGCCCAGUACAAGGCUUUGGUCGCGGGGAUUGAUCCGAAGAGGGGGGCUUACAACAAUUCUGUUCAUAACAGCCUACAAGAGAAGCUGCGCUACACACCAAAAGCCCAACUAGAACGCCUGAGGAUCGCCUAUGAAUGGGGCCAAGCGGCGCUCCGUGCCAGGAAUGCCGUCAUUGCGGCAGGCGAGGAAUAUCGAAGCUAUUGGAAAGCUAUGCCCAAAGAAGAACUACCCUUCAAGGAGGAAUAG